AAUAUCAUCCCUCCAGAUCCACACUGACACACACACACACGCACUGUACCCACAACUUCUUGUUUUGUCAGACUGUACAGCUCCGCGCACAGGACAGCCGCGGUGGAUGUCUGUACGCGCGGCGGCAGUUGAGUGAAUGGCUUGAGAAAAGGUUGAUGCGAGAGGAAGAGGGCGGUCAAAGUGUGACGCCUAACAGUGUGCCUUUCUCUGCCAACGGUUUCACUCCAAGUCAUCGCCUGUUAGACUGCGUCUCAAGUGUAAUUUGUCGUUCGGGUCACAGCUCCCGCCACAGGACACGCAUGCUUGAAAAGACCUCCGCGCACUUGAUGCCCGCUUUGGUGAUGCCAUGCCCCGGAACCACAGCGGAGACGAAGGCGGCACCGGGCUCUGGAUGAGAACAUCGCCGGGGCAUCGUAACGAAGGCUACGGCUCGAAAGAUGUGGAGUCCGGACGAAGGAUGAUGAACAACGCGGGAGACGGUUUGCUGUCCACCUCCACGGCAGCAGGUGCUGCCGGGUCCGAGAGCCUGAGGGGGAAGCAGGGAGCCCGGCUCAGCCUGCUGGGGAAGCCGCUCAUAUACAGCGCCCAGAGCGGCCGGAGAAACGUGCGCUACCGGCGGCUGCAAAACUACCUGUACAACGUGCUGGAGAGACCGAGAACAUGGGCGUUCAUUUAUCAUGCUUUUGUGUUCAUCUUGGUGUUCAGCUGCCUGGUCCUCUCUGUGUUCUCAACCAUCCCGCCUCAUCAGGACUACUCCUCCUACUGUCUCCUUAUUCUGGAGUUUGUGAUGAUUGUGGUAUUUGGGUUGGAGUACAUCAUCCGUAUCUGGUCGGCAGGAUGCUGCUGUCGCUACAGAGGAUGGCAGGGACGACUCCGCUUUGCCAGGAAGCCUUUCUGCGUCAUAGACAUCAUUGUGCUGAUAGCGUCUGUGGCGGUGGUGUCGGCGGGUAGCCAGGGCAACAUCUUCGCCACCUCGGUCCUGCGGAGCCUGCGUUUCCUGCAGAUCCUACGCAUGGUGCGAAUGGACCGAAGAGGAGGCACCUGGAAGCUGCUGGGCUCUGUGGUCUACGCACACAGCAAGGAGCUGGUAACCGCCUGGUACAUUGGCUUCUUGGUUCUCAUCUUCUCUUCAUUCCUCGUCUACCUCGUGGAAAACAAGUUCAACAAGGACUUUGCUACCUACGCAGAUGCCUUGUGGUGGGGCACGAUUACCCUGACAACCAUCGGCUAUGGGGACAAGACACCAAAGACAUGGACAGGGCGGAUGCUGUCGGCAGGGUUUGCCCUACUGGGCAUCUCGUUCUUUGCCUUGCCAGCGGGUAUUCUGGGGUCAGGCUUUGCCCUGAAGGUCCAGGAGCAGCACAGACAGAAGCACUUUGAGAAAAGGAGAAACCCAGCCGCCUACCUCAUCCAGUGUGUUUGGCGUAGUUAUGCGGCUGAUGAGAACUCGGUUUCCAUUGCUACCUGGAAGCCUCACUUGAAGGCGUUGCAUACCUGCAGCCCUACAAAGAAGGAGCAGGGAGAGUCGACCACAAGUAAAAUUCAUAGUAAUAAACAGAAGCUACUGAGGAGGCGUUCCACUCGGAAACAUAGUCAGAAGUUGAGUUUCAAGGAGCGGGUGAGGUUGGCGAGCCCCCGAGGUCAGAGCAUCAAGAACAGGCAGACGUCUUCAGUGAACGACCGGCGGUCUCCGGUGGCUGAGGCUGGGACAGAGGGCACCAGCCCUGCCAAGGUACAGAAGAGCUGGAGCUUCAACGACCGCACACGCUUCAGACCUUCACUCCGCCUUAAGAGCCAGUCGCGCUCCACCACUGAUGCAGCAGACUCCAACAUUGCAGGGGAGGAUGGCUUUGAUGAGAAGGGCUGUCACUGCGAGAUUUCGAUGGAAGACUUGCUGCCCUCAGUCAAGUCUGUCAUUAGAGCUGUCAGGAUAAUGAAGUUCCAUGUAGCCAAGAAGAAGUUUAAGGAGACACUGCGUCCUUAUGAUGUCAAGGACGUGAUCGAACAGUACUCUGCCGGUCACUUGGACAUGCUGUGUCGCAUCAAGAGCCUGCAGACCAGGCUGGACAUGAUUGUAGGCCCGAGCAGCCGAGCCAAGACCUUUUCCUUCCCCUCCCUGCCCUUAUCUAACAGCCAGGGCAAAAAGAACGCCACUCAGGGAGUGGACCAAAUCCUUGGGAAAGGCCAGAUCCCUCUGGAUAAGAAGAUUCGGGAGAAGCUGCUGUCUGAUGGAGAUAUUUUAGAGGACGUGAGCAUGCUGGGUCGUGUCUGUAAGGUGGAGCGGCAGGUCCAGUCGAUUGAGUCGAAGCUCGACUCCUUGCUCGACAUCUAUCGGCAGGUUUUGCGUAAAGGCUCGUCUUCAGCCCUCACCCUCUCCUCUUUGCCCCUGUUCGAGCUGGAACAAACCUCUGACUACCACUCCUCCGUCUUCAGCAAGGACCUGUCCUGCUCCACCCAGGUCAGCAGCAGCGGAGCGCCUCCCCCUGGUGGCUGUGUCACACGCUCCUCCACCAACUCCCAGCUCUCCCAGGGAGGACUCCAUCUCAUCCUGGCACCGCCCAACGAGCUCAACCUCAAUGCCUCCUCUUCCACGCCUCCCUCCGGCCUUGCAUCCUCAUGUUUUAGCCCGUCACCACUGCGUCAUCCCCACCAUCAUCACCACCAUUAUCACCCCCACCAUCAUCACUCCCAGGCUCAGGCCACCACACCUGAAAGUGGCACCGAUGAGGCUGUGGGAAGCUCUCCACCCAUCCUCACCCCAAACAGUAUCAGCAGUUGCAGUGGCGGAGGAGCCGGAGACAGAGGGUUUCCUCUUCUGGCGAGGCUUCCACCACCACCCCCUCCCAGCCGAAGCGGGGGCCCGAACAACUUGCCACGAGCGACUUCCACAGAAGUGCCCCCCGACAUGGAGGACUUUUGUGGAGGUUUAGGGAUGCAGAUGGAGGACAGCAGUGUUGGGGAGGACCUGGGCCUUGGGUUAGGGCUGGGAAGACUUGGGCGGCAGCUGCACGGCAGCACCAAUAGCAAUGGCAAGCUAAACCCUAAGGAGGAGGGCUCCUGGAGGAGACAUAUGAGCCUGGAGCUGCAGUCCCUGGUGCCUCCAGCCCUGGGCUGCUGCUCAGGCCCCAGCCAGAUGGACCGAGGCUUGGGCAAAUCCAUGUCAGUGCAGGACCUGAUGCAUGCUUCGGGGACUGUCCAGGACACCCACCACAGCCACAGCCUGUCAUCUCCAAGCCCCAGUACAGGCAGUGACUCCCCCAUUGGCUUCCACAGCUGUAGCCAAGACCCUGGGGGAGGAGGCGGUAUAGGAAGGAGUAGUGGAGGUGGUUGGGGCGAGGAAGACCUCUUUAUCAGCGACAGGGACAUAGAGGCGCAGGGAUUUGACUUCCUGUCUCUGGGGACUGCUGAGGCCCACACCUACUCCUCCGAGCUCCUGAGGACAGGGAGCAGGGCAGGGGCAGGGUCCCAGGGCUCCAAUCGUAGCCUGGCCAGCGGUCACGCAUCCUCGCCCUCUGCUGGCAGCACCGAAUUGCUGAACAUGCCACACGUACGGCUAAAAUAAAUUUGCCUACAUGUACAUGCAAAUCUCACCUCACGAAGACGGUUUUUAUCUUUUUGGAGGGGUGUGGGAUAUAACAAUGGGUCCUUUUUUUGUUUAUUUUCUUGUUGAUCCAUUUGAUAAGAAUCACAGUAUUUUCAUACAGGCUGAUGACAAGACAUAUCAUUGCAUGAGUUACUUGUUGUUUUAAAGAAUGAUUGCCAAAUCUGAGAUGAAGGCUUGUGUAAUGGGAACACAGACCCCCAAAAGCUGAGACUUUGCCAUUAAAAAAAGCCAACUAAACUUGGUCCUGAAAGACAGUUUGACUAUAUGUGACCUAGAGACACAGCAUGAGUAUUGCAUGUUUUCAAAGGUACUGAGAUUAGCAAGAUACGGUUUACACUUAACAAAGUAGAAAGGCAUGAACACCAAGCCAGAACACCACUCACAACCGUUGUAAUUAAUGGGGAAAAAAAUGGGUCUUAAUACUUAAACUGCGUGGCCAUGUAAACAAAAUCCUUCCUGUCUCUCUAAUCACAUGACAGGCCUCCAUAGUGAAGUGAAUGUUACCUCACCAUAGCCAAACUUUUCAUUUUCCAUUCUUGUUACUAUAUUUAUUUUUCCCCCAUCAUUUUAGAAAACCUGAUAACCUCCCGAAGUUUCUUUAAUAAUCUUUAAAUUAUAUGAAUUACUAUCCUCAACCAAAAAUUAAAAACAAAAUACCACACACAAGGACCAUAACGAUGUGUAUUUGUUGAGUUUUGGCUCCUAAACUACGGGUCUUGUGUACUUGCCAAUUUUGCUGACCAUUUUCAAAUGCGGGUAGAUUUUUUUAACGUAUUCUUUUUACAGUUUCUGGCAUCGGGUUGCUAUUAUUUCCAUACCGUAAAUCCAUUAGCAGACUCCUGAAAUGUGCUUGAGUUAUGUAAUCCGUCACAGUGAACAACGGGUGAUUUUUGCCAAUGCUACAUGGUCAUUGUGUGGUUAUGCAGUUUAGCUUUGAAAAAUGCAUUGCAUUACCUCAUAACAAUAAACAAACAGAAACUACUUGAAUUAGAAGCAAGUCUGAAAAGUCAGGUAACUGAUUUGUAUAUCAUAAUGCCAACAUUAGACAAAAUAUGACGAUACAUGUCCAUUUUGUUGCAAGGGAUCUUAGGAGCAGUUGUUUGUUUUUCAGAUCAAUUAUUCAUGGAAACACAUCUUGAAUGUCAUUUCUUGGUUUAAAAAACUGUUUGAUAUUUUGAUAUUUUUGCAUCUUAGCAAAGAGCUUUGUUUUGGUCGGGAACAGAUACACUGAAAGAAAUGUUCACAAAUUUAACUUUGUAUUUGCAUUUGGCUUUUUGCCACCCUAUUUUUACAUGAAAGGAAGAUAUUUAAAUCAUGGUUACUGUCUACUUUUUUCAUAAUGUGGGAUUAUAUUUGCAUCCUUGAAGUGGGCUUGCUGCAGAAUGUAUUGCUUAUUUCAUUACUAAUAUGAGCAGAACAUCUAUUGCUGCUUGAACUGCUGAGCAGUGACAUCAAAAUGAGAAACGACCAACUUCCUCUUCCCGUUGCAUGGUACAGAAUCAGGUGCAUCAGGUAAGAUGAAGUGCUUCUCUCUAAGUAUAGGAAAAUAAUGAGAGCGCCACAAGAUGCAGGUAGAUACUACCCAUAUAGCAUCCAAAGCCUCAGAGGUGAAUGAUCACACUUAGCUAGCAGUACCUCAAUGAAUUCUGAAAUCCAGUAUCAAAGACUACAUUACAUGUGAAGGAGGUUUUGGGUCAGUUUGCUUUAAAGAAGUGGAUUUUAAUUUCCUUCAUAUACUUAAGUAUAUUUUGCAUGAAGAGGUUGCCAUAUCCAAACCUAUCUAUAACUGAAAAUGAAUGCCAUGCCAUUUAGACAAAUCACUAGUUAAGGUUCCAACUGAUUGCAUCUGAAUUUAAAAAAGACCCCAGUUGAAAUGAAGUCUACAAAAUGUGCAGUACAUGCAGUAUAUCGGUGCCUUGCAUUUGUGGUACAUAUUGAUCUCCAUAUCUACAAUCCUGAAAAGUGCAUUAGGUUCUGCCAAACAGAAAUAGUUGCACUGUCUUCAUUUUUCUCUCCUUGCAAAUGUUCUGACUUGAGGCAUUUUACGUUUUGUUUUGUUUUUUAAUUCAGAGAUCAUUUUGCUACUGGGCAUAAAACGGGCCUUUGACAUGUUAACAUUCUGUCACGUUUCUUUUAACUUAUUUAAAUUAUGUGCACAUAUUUACGCACUAGUAAUAAUCUCAGUUAGAUUUAUGAAGCCUGUAAUGUAAUGAAAAUGCAGAUGAACUUUUAUUCUCAUUCAACAAUAAAGGACAUUGUAUGAA